AUGACACAAACAUCACUAAACUCACGAUCUUAUGAUCAGUUGACUGCAUCAGCAGAUGACAUUGCAGAUGAAAACAAUACAGUCAUAUUUCCACCACAAAAAAUAAGUUUAUUUCACCGGAUGAUCGACUCCUUCAAACGUGCACCACAAUCUGAACAUGUUUCCAUUGAAAUGAAUCAACGAGAAGAAGGAGCCAAUUCGAAUAAUAAUGUUGAGGAAGAUGAAACUGGUUUGCAUCGAACGUUAAAAAAUCGACAUUUACAAAUGAUUGCCAUUGGUGGUGCGAUUGGUACCGGUCUUUUUGUUGGUUCUGGUACUGCUCUUGCAAGUGGUGGACCUGGCGCGCUCGUUAUCGACUUUGUUAUUAUUGGAUUCAUGCUUUUCAACGUAUGUAUGGCACUUGGAGAACUCUGUGUCAUUUUUCCUGUGUCGGGUUCGUUCAUCGUUUAUGGUUCUCGUUUUCUUGAUCCUGCAUGGGGUUUUGCUAUGGGAUGGAAUUAUGCUUUGCACCGAUUGAUUGUUGUACCACUUGAAUUGACAGUUGCUGGAAUCGUCAUUAACUACUGGACAACAUCAAUUAAUGUUGGUGUGUGGAUCACUAUUUUUCUUGUUUUUCUUCUUGUUAUCAAUCUUUUUGGUGUUCGUGGCUAUGGAGAAAUUGAAUUCUUCAUGUCUAUCAUCAAAGUUAUCGCUGUUAUUGGUUUCAUCAUUCUUGGUAUUGUUCUAGUAUUCGGAGGUGGUCCAAAUCAUCAAUAUAUAGGAGGUAAGUAUUGGAAUCAUCCAGGUUCAUUUGCCAAUAGAUUCAAAGGUGUAUGCUCCGUUUUUGUCACUGCUGCUUUCGCUUUUGGAGGCACAGAAUUAGUCGGAUUGGUAGCUGCAGAAACGGAUAAUCCACGAAAGACGAUUCCUCGUGCAACGAAACAAGUCUUUUGGAGGAUUACAAUUUUCUAUGUUGUCUCAUUGGCAUUGAUCGGCUGUUUGGUACCUUAUACAUCGCCACGGCUUCUGUCUGGAUCAUCGAGCUACGAUGCGUCCGCAUCUCCUUUUGUGAUUGCCAUUGAAGAUGCAGGUAUCAAAGUGUUACCUUCGAUAUUCAAUGCUGUGAUUCUUUGUGCUGUUCUUUCAGUGGGUAAUUCUUCUGUUUAUGGAGCAUCUCGAACACUUUGUGCGCUUGCUGAAAAUAAUCAAGCGCCGAAACUAUUCACUUAUAUUGAUCGUAAAGGACGUCCGCUCUCCGCCGUUGCUCUGUCUAUAAUUAUUGGAUUUAUUGCGUAUAUUAACUGUGCAAAAGUCGGCACUCAAGUGUUCCAAUGGCUACUGGCUCUUUCUGGUUUAUCAAGCUUUUUCACGUGGGGUUCUAUAUGCGCAUGUCACAUUAUGUUUCGAUUAGCAUGGAAAGCACAAGGUCACACUUUGGAUGAACUUGCUUUUACAGCACCCUUCGGUAUACUUGGAAGCUGUUGUGGUCUUCUACUCAACAUUCUAUGUCUUAUUGCUCAGUUCUAUAUAGCUGUAUCUCCUAUUCACGGUUCUGUAAGUGCGCAAUCAUUCUUCGAAGCCUAUCUUGCUGCUCCAAUUUUGAUUAUCUCCUAUAUCAUAUGGAAAAUAUGGAAGAAAACACCUUUCAUGCGGCCUAGUACAAUCGAUCUUCAAACUGGAAGACGUAUGCUCAAUGUACAACAGUUGAUUGAUGAAGAAAAAGCAGAGCGUAGAACUUGGUCUAUAUGGAAAAAAGUGUUUUAUGAAUGUUGUUGA